AUGGGGUAUAAAGCUACACUAAGAGUAGAGGAUCCUAGUGUUGAUUUCCUGGUUCAGGCAUACCCUGUUGGGUGCUCCUGGAGGCCUUAUGCUGUUGAACUGGAAACAACUAUGAAAGGUGCUUCUUGUGGGCUGUUAAGAGUAUCUGGUAUGGGUUUGACUGUCCUUUCUGUUAUUGCUUUUGGUUCAAUUUCCAUGUUUUGUGGUUCUUUACCUUUGGUAAUUGCCUUUGAAAUAAUUGAUAUAUCUAUAUACUUAGGUGAGGUUUCUGUUGUUGCUUUUGGUGAAGUUUCUGUUAUUGCUUUUGGUUCAAUUUUCAUGUUUUGUAGUUCUCUAUCUUUAGUAUUUGCCUUUGAGGUGAUUGAUGUAUCUAUACUCUCAGGUGAGGUCUCUGCAUCUUGUUUCCUUUGUCUGGCUGCCUCAAGUAAGCGUCUCACUUCUAUUGAGGCCUUGA